AUGAUCCAAUCUCGGUACGCCAAUAUCGACGAGGCAUCGAUUGUUGAAGUUGUAAAUGAGCCAGCUGAAAGUGUGCCGUACUUCACGCCGAAGCAAGAUCCUCCCGCUGGAACCCCUCUGGCUCCGGCUUCGGCCGAUGCCAGCCUCCCUAAGUUGUUCGCACCCCUGCAACUGCGCAGCCUAAAUUUACACAAUCGAGUUCUCUUGUCCCCGCUUUGCCAGUAUUCAGCGGAAGAUGGUCACCAAACUGAUUGGCAUUUCGCCCACCUUGGCGGUAUCAUUUCCCGCGGACCAGGACUAUCAUUUGUGGAGGCUACUUCAGUGGUUCCCGAAGGCCGGAUCACGCCUGAAGAUUGUGGAUUGUGGAAGGAGUCUCAAAUAGGCCCUCUGCGCAGAAUUGUGGAUUUCGCCCAUAGCCAAGGUCAGUGUAUCGGCAUCCAACUCGCCCAUGCAGGACGCAAAGCUAGCACUGUUGCUCCAUGGCUGAGCAUGGCGCGCGGGCCAGCUGCUGCUCUGAAAACUGUGAAUGGUUAUGAGAAUGAAGGCUUUGCACCUGCUGGUGGAUGGCCAGACAGUGUUGUUGCCCCCAGUGCUAUUGCAUACAAGGACAAGAAUGUCAUCCCACGUGAGAUGUCGCGGGAUGAGAUUCACUCGCUUGUAGAGGAAUGGGGUGAGGCUACCAAGCGGGCUGUGCGAUGUGGGUUUGACGCCAUUGAAAUUCACGGGGCUCAUGGUUAUCUCAUUCAUGAGUUCCUUUCACCGGUCACUAAUAGAAGAAUUGAUGAGUAUGGUGGAAGCUUCGAAAACAGAACUCGACUCGCCCUGGAGAUCGUGGAAAUCACUAGAAAGAAUAUCCCCGAGGGAAUGCCACUAUUCUUCCGUGUUAGCGGAACGGAGUGGCUAGAGCAUAUGCACCCAGAGCCUAGCUGGGAUAUCCAGGAGACCAUCAAACUUGCUCAGAUAUUGUCAUCUCAGGGAGUUGAUGUCCUUGAUAUUUCUAGUGGCGGUAAUGAUCCCAGGCAGAAGAUAGCAGGUGGACCUGCUUAUCAGGCACCCUUCGCUCAUCAAGUCAAGAAGGCUGUCGGCGACAGGCUUUUGGUUGCUACAGUUGGCGCAAUCACAUUGGGAAAACAAGCCAACGAUAUUUUGGAGACAGGCCUUGACAUGGUGCUUGUGGGAAGAUAUUUUCAGAAGGAUCCUAACCUGGUCUGGACAUUUGCCGAGGAGCUUGGCAUUCAUCUCAAGUUGGCCAACCAGAUUCAGUGGGGCUUUGCUGGACAUCGUCGCAAGUAA